GGAAAAUAACAACUAAUAAAGUAGCACAAACCAACUGCAAUCACCAUGGACGGUUGGUCCGAGAAAAUGGACAUCUCUACCUAAUUGCAUUUUAUCAAUUCUUGAAGCAAACGACGACGUCGCAUUCUUGCUUCGGAUCUCAUCUUUCCUCUUCCAUUUCUGGUCUGAGCUCAUUUUUUCUUAUAUAUUCCCUCCCUGUCCCGAUUCUUCUCCAGUUCGAUUCUAUAUACUUGUAUACUUGCAUUUCAUACGCGCUCAUUCAGUUUAUCGAUGAGAAUUAUUUAGAUUCACAAAUUUUGGAUCGUUGAUUUAUUGGGUUUGAGGUUAUGGCGGUGGCUCCUGGACCUGUGACCCCUGGGCAGGUGUCAUUUCUUCUUGGAAUCAUUCCAGUCAUUGUUGCAUGGCUGUACUCUGAGUGGUUGGAAUAUAAGAAGUCACCAUCCCCUUCUAAAGUUCAUUCAGAUAAUAAUUUGGUCGAACUGGAGAAUGAAACAAUCAAAGAAGAUGAUAGGGCAGUGUUGUUAGAAGGAGGUCUUGCAAAAUCUGCAUCUUCGAAGUUGUCCACUCCAUCCGUUAAAACCAACUUAAUUAGGUUUCUUUCAAUGGAGGACUCGUUUUUACUUGAAAAUCGAGCACUACUAAGAGCGAUGUCCGAAAUAGGAGCUAUUUUGUUCUAUUUCUACAUAUGUGACCGUACAAAUUUUUUUGCAGAUUCCACCAAGGUGCUCUUUCUUUUUCUUAAGAGAGUUACAGGUAUACAACAAGAGUACCACUCAUUUAGUUAUGCUUUUAUCACAAGGGUCGUGAAUAUAGACAUGAAGAAAAGUAGUUCACAGCAUAAUUCUCCAUGUCAAGAGAGAGAGAGAGAGAGAGAGAGAGAGAGAGAGAGUAUCAACUUGUUUAAACACCUCACAUUUGUUUUCUCAACGACAGGGUAUACUGAUCCUGCAAAGCCAGAUCUUCCUCGACUGCAUGAGUGGCAUUUUAGAUCUGGGCUUGAUCGUUACAUAUGGAUCAUAGGAAUGAUCUAUGCCUAUUUCCACCCCACUGUUGAAAAGUGGAUGGAGAAACUCGAGGAAUCUGAAACCAAGCGUAGACGUACAAUCAAAACAUCCAUGGUUGCAGUUGCCUUGAUUGUUGGCUAUUUGUGGUAUGAAUAUAUAUACAAGCUGGACAAGGUUACAUACAACAAGUUCCAUCCCUACACAUCAUGGAUACCCAUAACCGUUUAUGUUUGUUUGCGGAAUUUCAGUCAGCAUAUCCGGAAUUUUUCUUUGACCCUUUUCGCGUGGCUUGGCAAAGUUACGUUGGAAACAUACAUUUCCCAGUUCCACAUCUGGCUGAGAUCAAAUAUACCUAAUGGACAACCCAAAUGGCUACUCUCUUUCAUCCCAGAGUAUCCUUUGCUUAAUUUCAUGCUCACAACUUCCAUUUAUAUCUUGAUAUCAUAUCGGAUUUUUGAACUGACCAACACUUUGAAGUCAGCUUUCAUACCCACAAGAGAUAAUCGAAAGCUGCUUAACAAUUUUAUUGCUGGAACAGCCAUUUCUGCAUGUUUAUAUUUCAUUUCGUUCAUUCUUCUUCAGAUUCCUCAUUAACCAUUAUACUACUUGGCUUUUAACUCCAAAGAGAACACAAUAUUGUUUGUCGAGGUUCAAAAAUUAUAAAGUGGUAGAUGCUCGGCAAAAAUAUUUCGUGGUGGACAUAGAGUGGAAUAUACACGGAUACUUUAGGAGGGGAAGGUCUUGCUUUCAGACCUAGUAUUUUUUUAUGUGGAGAAUGUAUCAUUUGUAAAUUUUCUGGAACCUGAGUAACUUGUUCUAGACAGCAUUUUGUAUCAUUUAUGAGAUUCAAUUAGGAUAUGUUUUUAUUUGUUGUACCA